AUGAACAAAGUUAACAACACCCCAUAUCAACAGAAUGUUGAUCUCUACUAUAGGGGUAGUAUGAUUCCGAAAACCACUUCAUCGAAAACUGCAUUUUCUGCUGAAAGCUCAAACACGGUAACUCAAGAAAAGCAAAGCAGCAGUUCAUCACCCAGCAGUGGUUAUCAUGGAGGUUCUUCUUCAUCUUUUUUAGGGAAUCAACAACAUCAAAAUGUUCCCAAAAAUGUGUUUCAAUGCAAUAUAGCUGUGAACCUGAACAAUGCUCAAAACUUUAAUGAAGAGACAGCUAAACAACAAAUGGUGUUUCUUGCUUCGAUCUUAGAAUCAUAUGAAAGUCUGGUCGCCGGAAAAAUCGGAAAUACAAAUCUGAAAAAAGAAGAUUAUGACCAGAUUGAUCCCCAAGAGAUGGAAUUAAUCGAUAUACGUUGGUGCAUGGCUAGCGUAAUCAGGAGAGCACAACGGUUUAUGGAGAUCACGGGAAGAAAUUCCAUUGGGGGACCUUCGACAAAGUUGGGUUUUAAUAAAUCUAAAGUGACGUGCUUCAAAAGUAAACAAAAGGGGCACUUCAAGCGAGAAUGCAGAAACUCAGCAGCGGAUGAAACAACUAAUCCUUUUCAUGACGACUACUAUAAGAAAGCUGUUUAUCACCGAAAACGCGAAGAGCCGUCCAGAAUGAAACAAAUCGAGGAGACUCCAAAGGAGAAAUCGAGAGCUUUAGCUGUGAUUCAAGAUGACGAAGGUUUCGAUUGGAGUGAGUUCUUGCUAGAAGAUGAUGCAGUUGGCUUUGCAUUCAUGGCACAAAUUCAUCCAAAUAAAGAUACACGAACUGAAGAGCAAAAAUACAACUAUCGGAAGGUGUUAGCUUCAAAUAUGAAGGAUAAAAUCUAUAGAGCUUGGAAAGAAGCGAAAAGAGCAAAUAGAUGGGAUCCUGAUCAUGAGUGCUAUUUGGAUUCGAAAGGCAACAUCAUUGUAGAACCAUCAUCAGUCACACUCGAAACUCUCAAAGAAUCUUUAAAAAAACCUGACAAAAUGGCCGACAAAGUGCUUAUGGCAAAGGAACUAGAGGUAGAUUCCAAAUCCGCGUCUGAGUCAACAAGCAAGGUCAGUAAUAGUGGUUCAAACAAUGAAUCAGGUAAGACUGAUGGCACGAAAACAGAGAGUGAUUGCAAAAAUUGCAUGAAAGAAUGCAAAGUUUGCAGCACACAUGCGUAUUUCACACUCAAAAAGACCCAAGAUCUGGUUGAAAAAGUAGAAAUGGUUGAAAAACAAAUCUUAAAUCGAGAUAAACUGCUCAGAGCUUCAAAUGAAAGAAUAAAAGAAUUAACAGAAAGGAUUGAAAAAGAUAAAACUAAUGUUGAACGCUUUAAGAAAGAAAAUGAGAAGUUAAUUCAUGAAAACAGACAAAUUUCUGAAAAUUAUGAGAAGCUGAAAAGAACAAUAAAAGAUUCUGAUGAGCGAAAUGGUAAAACUUACAAAGAAAUUGUUCAUUUGUCCGAAGUUCUUCAAGCAAAAGAAAGGCAAAUCAACCAGCAGUUGGAUGAGAUCGCAAAUCUUAAGCUUCACUUUCAAGAAGCUAAGAUUGAGAAUGAAAGAAUCAAUCUGAAAUUGAGCAGUUACAGCUCCGCGAGCUUUGUUCUUCAACACAUAGUUCCUAAACCAAUUGGGAAGAACAAAGCUGGUGAAGAUGUAUACUCGGAUGGAACGGGAGUGGGUUAUCAUUAA